AUGUCUAGAAAAGCACCCAAGGGAGAAUGGAUAGAGACGGACACGGGCAACAAGGUCAACCGCAAGGCCACCCUAGUGGGCACGCAGCACAUUAUGCUAGGCGGAAAGACGGUCAUCAUGCCCGAGGCCAUGAUUCGUGGUGACUUGUCACGCACCGUACCGUCAACUAACCCGAGCCAACCCGGAAGCAAUACCGCCGUCUUCAUCGGCCGGUACUGCUUCCUCAGCAAGGGCUGUUGUCUGCGACCGCCGGGGCGCAUCUACAAAGGAGCAUUCACAUACAUGCCCCUCCGCCUCGGCGACCACGUCUUCAUUGGAGAGGGCACCGUCGUGCAGGCCGCCACGAUUGGCAGCCACGUCAACAUUGGCAAGGGCGCCGUCGUGGGCGAGUUUGCCAUUGUCAAGGACUAUGUACAGAUACUGGACGGCACCAUUGUCCCGGCCAACAUGGUGAUACCGAGCUUCAGCAUCGUCGCCGGCCAGCCGGCGCGCAUCAUUGGCGAGGUGCCCGAAGGUGGACACGAUGCCUUUGAGCUCAGAGACCUCUACAAGUCGGUCAAGACCACGGCACCUGCCACGGCUGUCUAA